GCGGCCAGACAGCGGCACAAGCCGCACAACAUCAGUGCCCAUUCGCCGGCGGCGGUGAGGAACGACGGCCACCGCCCUCCGCCGACCAACUCGAUGUGCUACUCCCCUAGUUUCUUGGGCUACUUCGUUUCGCGGCGGGAGGAAAUAGGAGUGCAGGAUUUGCCAGGGCGGCCAAUGGUGGCGGCGACGGGCCACCCACCACCGGCGCGCGGCCAGCCCCACCAGCGCCAUCUUCAUCGACACGUACGGGGAGCUGGCACUGCGGGGACGGCGCGGCGUCCUCGACGGGAUUUGGGGGCGGCGGCCGCCACUCGCCGGCCUCCUCUGCUGCCCCCAAUUCCCCACGGCAACCAACUGGUCCUUCCCGGGCCUCCGCGUCCUCCCAGUGGCGUCCCGCCGUGCCAACAGGGUGUGACUGGCGUCGGAGGUGGUGGCAGGUAUCCCAUUGCCUGACGGACGUCGACGCUUUCAAGCCCAAUCUCCGGAUGCAUCUUCGGCGUCAGACGUUCAGGGAAUCCACCCCAAGUUCCGGAUGCAGUGAUCCACACGGUAUGUCAUAUUUUAUCUCCACUAUCGUGUGAAAAAAACUAGAGUAUGAAGCAUUAUUGGUUUGAACUGUUGAAAGAACACUAUCUAUUCGAGUGUGCUGGAGAAUCUGUCGAUGCCAGCGCCGCUCAAAGGCUAAACCAAUGAACUGGUCAACAGGCUAGAUCUGGAAGUUCUUACCAGCCUUGCUAAGAUUUCGAAAUUGCGAGCCACAAAUUGCAUCUAAAGUGCUGUUCUCUGUAAGCGGUAAGCUCAACACGGCCUUCCAUCUAGGGAGGAGACCGGAUCAGGACAUAUUCAAACCUCCGACUUUGCUUGUAGCUGGUGUACCGAUAUUUUCAUCUGAAAGGUCAUACAAAAUGCAGCAAACGGAAUCAGUUGUUGCCAGUCGUUCGGUGAUCUGUUGAUCAAACAGAACACCAUGUCUCCUGGCAUGAAGCGAGCGGUACCUCACAUCGUGUCGUUCACCUUGACACCUCGUCUUGUCGACAUGCUUGGUACGAAUGUACUGAAGAAUCUGUCAGUGCUGACGCUCAAAAAUUUCUUGCCCGGCAAGUUUCUCGCUGGAGUUGGCUUUUUUUAAUCAAAAAGGGGGGUUGUUAAAUCUUAUUUCUUAAUCAAAUUUUAUAUGGUCAACCAAUCGGUUGGUGAACAAGUUCCUUGAAGUUUCUUCCAGCAGCCUUGCAAGAACCAUUCAAUGUAGACGCGGUUGAUGUCAAUCAAGGAUUAAAAAUUGCCGUGACAAGGCGCCGUCCUUACUUCCUACCCAAGACCAGCCACUGGAUAAUGUUUAUCUUCUACAAGUGCAUAAUUCUGUCACUGCCCCUUCGGAUGAUUCAAGCACCAAAUUAGGCCAGCCACAUCCAAACACACGAAAAAUGUAUAAGGCCGGGUAUAUGUAGACCGGCGGUUAGCCUAGCUACCUUGUUCGAGUAGUCUUUUUCCCCAGAUCCCGGGACAAGAAACACCAGCCAUCAUGUGGUCGAAGAAUGAGCCACACCUCCAGAGCCUCCUGCUUAUCGUCGUUCCGUUCCUCCUUGUUUCCACAGCCUCUGCCGCGAAUCCUGUAUCUGACAUCCUCGACAAGGGCCGCAACAUCACCGACGGUGAGACCCUUGUCUCAGCUGGUGGGUCAUUCACCCUGGGUUUCUUCCCUCCUGGGGUGCUAGGCAAGCGAUACCUUGGGAUUUGGUUCUCCGUGGAUGAGGACGCCAUCUGUUGGGUAGCUAACAGAGACCAUCCUCUCACUGACGCUCGCGGGGCGCUGGUGAUCAGUGACACGGGAAGCCUUCUUUUAAUUGAUAGCUCCGGCCAGGUCGUGUGGUCUUCAAACACGACAGGCACUGCCUCAACGACGGUGCAGCUGCUCGAGUCUGGCAACCUAGUCUCAAGAGAUGGGAACGCCAGCGGUGCCAUCACGUGGCAGUCGUUUGACCACCCGUCAAACACAUUGCUGCCCGGCAUGAAGAUUGGCAAGAACCUAUGGACCGGGGAAGAGUGGUACCUCACGUCAUGGCGUUCAGCUGACGACCCUGCCACAGGGAAUUUUCGCUACAUCACUGACACGGAGGGCGUACCACAAAAUGUGAUGUUGGAUGGUGGCAAAAGGAUUUACCGCACGGGACCGUGGAACGGCCUAUGGUUCAGUGGUGUCACGGAGAUGGGCACGUAUUCUGACAUGUUCAUCUACCGAUUGACGAGCAGCCCAAGCGAGAUAACCUACGGCUAUGUCGCCAAGGCUGGAACGCCCUUCUCACGUCUAGUUCUGACUGACGACGGACUAUUCCGACGUCUGGUAUGGGACACGAGCAGUCGAGCAUGGAAGAUCUUCUUCCAAGGGCCGAGGGAUAUCUGCGACCAGUACGGCAGGUGUGGGGCAUUUGGACUGUGCAACGCCAGUGCACCGUCGACGUCGUUCUGCAGCUGCGUCAGGGGGUUCAGCCCAGCAUCUCCCAUGCAAUGGAAGAUGAGGGACACCUCCAACGGUUGCCGCCGAAAUGUGACAUUGGACUGUGGUAAUGGAAUAUCCACCACGGAUGGUUUUGUUGUGAUGCAGGGAGUGAAGCUUCCUGAUACGCACAACGCAUCAGUGGAUGCUAGCAUCACGUUGGAGGAGUGCAGGACGAGGUGCCUGGCCAACUGUUCUUGUCUGGCGUAUGCUCCAUUGGAUCUCAAAGGAGGAGGCACUGGAACAGGCUGCAUCAUCUGGAGAGAGGACCUCAUGGACCUCCGGCUUGUAGAUGGGGGGCAAAGCCUGUAUCUGAGAUUAGCCAAGACAGAAUUAGGUGAACCGCAGCCACCCAAGUCGUUUCCUACUGGGAUUGUUAUUGGUGUAACAGUGCCCCUGGUCAUUAUUAUUCUGGCUCUCGUUGCUUUCUGGUUUUCCCCCUGGAGGAGACGAUGGAGCAGAGAAAGAAUAUUAGUAGACAAUCCUCCAAGGGUUUUAGACAAUGCUUCAAGGGUUGUAGACAAUGUCGCUCCUGAUAGUCAUCCUCCGAAUCUUGCGUUACUCACGACGUCCUUCCCUGCAGUUGGUCUUCCUGCUGUAGUACAGGCUACAGGAAAUUUCUCCGAAGCAAAUAUCAUUGGCAAAGGCGGAUUUAGUGUCAUCUACAAGGGGGAGCUAGAUGGUUAUGGAACGGUUGCUGUAAAGAGGCUCAAACAAGAUAGUCUUAGCGAGAAAGUCAAGGGGGAUUAUGCAAGGGAAAUAGUACUGAUGUCAAGGUUCACACAUGCCAAUCUUGUUAAGCUUCUCUGUUAUUGCCAAGAAAAAGCUGAGUGCAUACUUGUCUACGAGUUCAUGAGGAACAGAAGUUUGAAUCUCUACAUAUUUGGAGAAGAUAGCAGCCUCCGCUCCUUGCUGAAUUGGGCGCAAAGAGUAAAGAUAAUUCGUGGGAUCGCCGUAGGUCUGGAAUGGCUUCACGGCGAGGGAGUCAUUCACAGGGAUCUAAAACCAGGCAAUAUACUUCUGAAUGACACAUUGGAACCUAAGAUAGCAGACUUUGGCACUGCUAAGCCGUUAAUUGAGGACCCGACAAAUCAGACAUUGGUGCAGACAGCGGGGUAUGUGGCUCCAGAAUAUGCAGGGGAAGGGACCCUGACAUACAAGUGUGAUGCAUACAGCUUCGGAGUCGUCCUGCUGGAGAUACUCGGUGGCAAAAGAAAAAAAGACGAGCCAACGUUCCUUCCUCAAGUCUGGGAAUCAUGGAAGCAAUGCGAGAUCGGGGAGCUUCUUGAUCCGCAAGUGGGUGAACCUGAAGCUGAGGCCUUUUCGGUGCUAGCCAGGUGCAUCCAUAUUGGCCUUCUCUGCGUGCAGCAUUUGCCAGAGCAGAGGCCUGCCAUGCCUGAAGUUGUGGCAAUGCUAACCAACACCGGCGUGCAGCUCCCCAUGCCAAGCAAACCCACGGCCAAUAUCGGAGCUGGCCUUCAGGCACAACCAAUAUCGGAUGACACCCCCGGACCGAGCCGGACCCGGUGACCAUCCAUCGUUUGAACAGUUUGUGAUAUCUUGGGACGAAAAUGAAAUGCUUUUAAGUUUGAGUGCCUCGUCCUCCAUCUCCAUGCAUGGCUUAGUCUCGUUUCAGCUUAUCAGGGUGAGAGUGUGUGCAAGAGGAGACUAUUGCGGCAUUUCUAACUUUGCCUCUUAACACUGGACGGGAUGUGGCCUUCGUUUAUCCUUUUCCUUUGAGAGGGUAUGUGUUUAAAUCGCGACAUCCUUGUAAGUUUGUGAGGCAAAUGCUAUACCACAGGUUAAGCUUUGGAAAUCGUUUGAAAACGGCGCGCUGUAUGAAUUUUCCGUCGGACACGUGCCACGCUGGACCGUGCGCCCACCCAAGCCGUCCCCCGCGCGAGACGCGUGUAUUUGGUGGACCCACGAAGACCGCCCCUUAUCUCUUUCCCUACCGCACGCACUCCAUCCCCAACCUUCAGCCGCGCCCCUCCCCAUGCCGUGUUUCUUCUCUCCCUUCCUCCGCGCUGCCGCGAAACCACCGCAAAGCACACUUCAGCUGCGCCCUGUGAAAGAACUCUCAUGCCAUGCUGCAAUCCACAAGUUGAGCAGCGGUGUGUUGGAACCAUGGCGAAACUUGCUGGAUCCAGCCAGGGAAAAAGCUGGAACCACGGCCAUGAGAUGUUGCACAGAUGCUGCGACAGGAGGCACCCCCAGGCCAUAGGUUUUUUUUGCUGUAAUAAGGGGGCGCGUUUUGGCUGCAACCAGCUGCGGUGUAUGUUGGAACCGGCGAGGAAUUUUGCUACAUCUGAUGUCUGUUUUUGCUGGAAAUCAUCGCAUUUUUAUUUUUGCUACUACCAGCUUGUGUUUUUUCUGGAACCCGCAGCCAAUUUUGCUACUACCAUUUUUUGGGGUUUGCUGGAUUGCGCCAUUUUUUGCUGGAACCAGUAUCUUUUUUUCGGAAUCAGUGUAUUUUUUUUUGCUACCAACAGCUCCGCUGGCGAGCGCCGUCGUCAUCGCAUUACUGUUGCAACCAGAGGGCGAACACUGUGGUCUGGGCGGACGAUGGCGACGAGUCGUUCUUGGUGUUGGGACCGGCGGUGAGGUGCAACGACUAAUGCCGUCGAGGAUGCGCGGUGCUGCCACCGGUGAGGAGCGGCAUCGCGGCGGCGAGAAAGGGGAAGGACGCA